AUGGGACCUUCAGCAUUCCCUGCUUCAAGUGCCAAUAAUUCAGCCUUGUAUGAACAUAAUGAUAUUAUUAAAUCCAUCUUUUUCAAUGGUGGUUCUAAUUCCAUAUAUUCUUCAUAUGCCAACAAGUAUCAGCUUAUCUAUGUAGAGGGCACGAGACCAACAGCAAAGGAUGAUCUAGAAAAAAUAACAAAUAACUUAAAUAAUAUGUUUGCGGAGAUCGUAAAAGAAACUAUUAAGAACAGAAGACGACUUCCUAAGACAUUAUAUUUAUUUGGCGGUACUGGUAAGUUUGAACUAAACGUUAAUUUAGGAGCGUAUAGAUUAAAUGAGAUCAAUAACGCUAAUCUUCCUCGAAAAUUUUCUGAAAUGAAGGAUUUCGUUUAUUUUUAUGAAUGUGUAAUGAAAUGGGCGUUGUUGAUUCGGAAUGUUAUUGAAUCCUUUGACACAGCAAGAUCUGGACAGAGGCCAUCACGGCUUUCGUAUGUAGACGACCUAUUUCAAUUGGAUAAGUAA